CCGAUACAUUCGAAAUCGUAACACAGCGAGAUUGAGUGGCAGAACUUGUCUCGUCGAUUCGAGUGAGGAUUGGCGCCAAAAGACAUCUAAAGCUAAAACCGGCGGCAGAAACGGCAAGGACCAUUCCCAUCCACGACAACCAUCUGAUGAAUUCUCGAUGCUUGAACCUCAAGGAGAUGCCGAAUUCUGGCCAUUAUCAGGGAAACCAUUUUUCUAUGUGGUUAUUAGCAGAGCUCACCUUGCAAAAAGGUUUCAACUGCUCAUCCCACAUAAACUGUCCGAAAAGCUUCCUGCCGCUAGGGUCCCCACCACGAUCAUCUGCCAUGGAAAGACAUGGGACCUUGAUUACAUGGGUGAUCAGGUUACGAAAAGGUUCCAAAACCAAUCAUGGGGGGGAUUUGCGACCGAUAACAAACUUGGCACUGGAGAUGCGUGUGUGUUUGAGUUGAUGGAGGGGGGAUCGAGCAGUAGUAGGAUCAAGUUCCGAGUUCAGAUACUUAGAAACAAAUUUCCGGCCGAAUUGAUGGAGAAUGCAGAAGGGUACAAUAUGAACAACCCCAUCAACAUAGAUUAGGGUUCAUUGUUUCGGUUUCACUUGUUUCUGAAUCUUGAAUUUUCGGCUUUGGUUUUACAGUCAUCUGGUUCUGAUGCAUCUUGUUUUUGAAGGGGUUUGUUUGAUAAAUUCACUCGAUAUUUUGCUCUUUUAACG